AUGAGCCAAAAUGAGGAAGAUAUUGCUGAUGAAAGAAAUGAUUUGAAAUACAUAUUUGCUCGAUCAUUCGAUGAUUCGUUAUUUCGCAAUAAACUUGGUCAAUUAUGUGCUCCCUAUCUUGGUGGUAUUUGGACAAAUAUAUCACAUAAGCAAAUUCGUAUCGUUCCACAAAGGCUGGUUUCAUAUUUUGUUAUAUAAACUCAGUAUGAUGAACCACGUAAAGCAAUUCUUCGCAUCUAUGAAAAUCUCAGUAAAAACUACGAAUUACCGGAAGGCAUUAUCUGGGCUAUAUUAGCGGAACGUAUUGCACAAGAAGUUGGUCGAAUUCUUGCACGAGUAUAUUCAUUAAAUAUGUCAAUCGAUAAAACAUAUCAUUUGACACAAUUUGUGGAUGAUCUGAUCGAAAGUUUAAAAAGUUCAAUUCGAUUGUCAAAAGGUUAUCCAACGCGUACUACUUUAGCGAAAGUUGAUAAAGAACUCUGCGCAAAUGUUAGAUGUCUUAUUAUUGAUUUUAUCACGAUUGAUCUAUUAGAAAAAGAAUUGGAGAUAUGGAAGGAAUGCUUGGCACGAAGUGGAAGCCCACUUGUUUUCAGUAAUAAUGAUUUGCAUGCAGGAAAUUUACUUUUACGUCAUGAUAUCGAAGUUACUGAUCAUGGCUUUGUCGGGCGGAAGAAUGAUAAGGAGCCGAUUGUCCUGAUUGAUUAUAAAUAUGGCUGUUAUUAUUAUCGUGAUUUCGAUUUAUGUCAUUACUGCGUCGAAUGGUGUCAACAUAACGAAGGUAAGCAAUGGCUAUACUAUGAAGUGAAACAAAAUCAAUGGCCGAAUGAAGAAAUUCAACGUCUGUAUGUCGGUGCCUAUAUCGAUGAAGCAAAUAAAAUUUGGCAUAAUAGCGAUGGAAAGAGAAUCCAAUGCAUUAUCGAUUUAUCGUAUGAUCGAGAAUUAGCCAUUGAACGUUUAUUAAGCGAAAUAUGUCAAUUUGCGGCAUUUCUUCAAUUGUUCUGGGCAAUAUGGGCAUUUCAACGUGCUGAAAUUAAAUGCGGACAAUUGGAUCAUUUCGAAUAUUCAUUUGAUCGCUUAGCGCUAUACUAUUUCUGGAAACCGGAAAUUUUAAAGUAUUUAAAACAGUAA